AUGAAUACUCUACUCUACAUCUUCGGAUUAUCUUCUAUCAGUCUUGAAGCUGCAUCGGAUGAAUUGCCACCGGAGCAAGGAGAUAACUCGGAAAAUCAGGAAAAUGUAUCCGAAAUAGAAUUGACUUCAACGGAAGCUGCAGGCUACGAGAGAGCUGAUGCUUCACAGUUUGAAUUACUAAAAGUUCUUGGUCAAGGAUCUUUUGGCAAGGUUUUUCUUGUAAGAAAGAGAUCUGGGGCAGACGUUGGUACACUCUAUGCAAUGAAAGUCUUAAAGAAGGCGUCAUUGAAAGCUUUUCAAACGGAAGGAAAGUUAUAUCUUAUCUUGGAAUUUUUACGUGGUGGUGAUCUAUUUACAAGAUUAUCUAAGGAGGUCAUGUUUACUGAGGAAGAUGUCAAGUUCUACUUGGCUCAGCUUGCUUUAGCAUUAGGUCACAUACACAAAUUGGGAAUUAUUUAUAGAGAUUUGAAACCUGAAAACGUUUUACUUGCUGCGGAUGGUUUUAUAAGCUUGACGGACUUCGGAUUAAGUAAAGAAUCAGUCGAAGAUAAGAAAACGUUCUCAUUUUGUGGUACUGUGGAAUACAUGGCACCUGAGGUCAUUAGUCGUCGUGGGCAUACUAUUACCGCCGAUUGGUGGUCAUUCGGUGUUUUAAUGUUUGAAAUGUUAACUGGCACAUUGCCAUUUCAAGGAGAAAAUAGAAAAGAAACAAUGACCAUGAUAUUAAAGAGUAAACUGGGUAUGCCUCAAUUUAUCAGUUUGGGUGCUCAGAGUCUUCUCAGAGCAUUGUUCAAGAGAAAUCCGACUAAUCGAUUAGGUUCUGGUCCGAAUGGGUUAGAAGAUAUUAAAAAUCAUCCGUUCUUUGCUUCCAUUGAUUGGAAUAAAUUACUACGAAAAGAGAUAAAGCCUCCAUUUAAACCUGCGGUGAAUUGUAAUGAUACGUAUUAUUUUGAUACUGAAUUCACAAAUCGAACACCAAAAGAUUCACCAGGAGUUCCUGCUAGUGCCAAUGCGCAUCAAUUAUUUCGUGGUUUCAGUUACAUUGCGCCAAUUUUAGAGGAAACCUACGGGGAAGUGAACCAAGAUCAAGAUAAUAACUUCGAGAGAUUUAUGUUGGAAAAUUACGAGCAGAAAGCGAACUUUAGGGAUGAAUACGAAUUAAAAGAGGAAAUUGGAAAAGGCUCGUUUUCUUUGUGCCGCCGUUGCAUCCACAAAGUCACAGGAAAAGAAUGUGCAGUAAAAAUUAUGGAUAGGAAUAAUCGUAAUCCUUCGGAAGAAAUUGAGAUUCUGAUGAGAUAUGGUCGUCAUCCUAAUAUCCUUACCUUUCAAGAUGUAUAUGACGAUGGUAAACAUAUAUACAUGGUUACUGAAUUGCUGAAAGGUGGAGAACUUUUAGAUAGAAUAAUGAAAAAGAAGCAUUUAACAGAAGAAGAAGUUCGACAAAUUAUGAAAGUUUUAAUAUCAACUAUGCAUUGCCUACAUGAUCAAGGAGUCGUUCAUCGAGAUUUGAAGCCUAGCAAUAUUUUAUAUGCUGAUCAUACGGAUUCUCCGGAAGCGUUGAGAAUUAUUGAUUUUGGAUUUGCAAAACAACUGCGUGAUAGUAAUGGUUUGUUAAUGACUCCGUGUUAUACAGCAAAUUAUGUAGCUCCGGAAGUCUUGAAAAAGCAAGGGUAUGAUGCUGCUUGCGAUGUUUGGGCUCUUGGAAUAUUGAUGUACAUAAUGCUAUCUGGAACAACUCCUUUUGCGUACGAUCCGAAAGAUACAGCAAAUGAAAUACUUAAAAGGAUAGGUGAUGGACGUUAUAAAUUAACAGGUGGUAAUUGGAAUCACGUGUCCUAUGAUGCGAAGGAUUUAAUUAGGAGAUUAUUACAUGUUGACCCGAAGCAAAGAAUAACAGCUGGACAGGCAAUACAACAUUCUUGGAUCGGUGAAAAGAAAACUUCCAGUACAAAAUUAAGCAUAUUUACUGAUAUGCGUAACUUGAAGGAUACAGUUAAGGCUACAUUUACUGCUUACAACCGAACUACACAACAAACAGUACUAGAGCCGGUACUAACUUCCCUAUUGGCAAAGCGUCGACGUGAUAAAGCGACGAAAAUUGCAAUUGUAGUACGAGAUCGCACUUUGCAAGUGAUAGAGAUUGUUAGUUUUUUAACAUAUGAAAAGGAAGCAAUUAUGUUUUAA